CGACUUCUUAGUUCUUCGCUCACUGUGGACCGUGGAGUCAGUGUCGCGUCAGUCUUCGGUAGACUUGGUCAGUGAUCUCAGUCAGAGCAGGGCCAGACAACCUGAUAUACCAUAUAAUAUUUCUUCGAUUAUAAAUUAAUAAUUGUUCAACAAUUAAACGCAGUGUCCAAGUGAGUUAAAAGUGAUUCAUUUGUCUUUCAUUAAUUGGGUUCAACUUGAUUUACCUGGAUUUGGAUAAUAACGCCUUCGGUGCAGAGGCAGGCUGACCGAGACACGAGUCUCUAAAAGAGCGAGAUAUCUUCGGUACUGACCAGGACGCCGGGAAGAUUUCAGAAGGAAGAGGCAUCGCACGAAUUAUCGAGCCCUGAGCCUCGCCUACUGUCAACAAGUUUACAGAUGGGGCAUAGGAGAACGUGCCCGGUACAGAAGGUGCAGUAGCGUAAAGGGCACCAUCCACCGAUUAGGGGAUGGCAGCGACCGACGGACAGAUCGUGGUGGCAGCGGCGCGAUGGGCGGAGGAAGCUGCAUAUCUUCGUGAUUUCGUCACGAAGCACAGACUACCGGCGGUCGUGAAAAUCACAAAGGGUCAGUACGGAGGUUUGGGGGUACCCACUCUGCCGGCGCCGAGUCUUCAGAGUACCGCGCUUCUGGCGUCCGCCGGAAGACGACGAAAAAUCGUCGCUCAGGCUGUGAAGAUAAAGGAGGGUCGAAGGGUGGUCGGCGUAGGACCGAAACUAGCUAUACCCGAUUCUUACAGCGGCUACUUCGAGAUAUUGAGCGAGGAGGGUAGGGCCGUACGGGGGAUCGAGUCGGUCAGCGAAUUGUCGAGGAGAUGCCCCGAGGAAGGGGCGCUGGUGAGGGAAACCGUAAGAGGAAUCGCCUGCAAGGUCGACGACGGCGGUAUGGUGAUACCGGAGAGUUCGCGAACGUUGGCAGCCGGUGAGACGAUCACAGUGGCCGGCGAGGUGACCAUCCAAGGAAGAGGCAGGUUUCUCCGAUGCGUCGACUGUCGCGGUGACAGCGUUUUACUGGGAAUCGAACAGCGGGGUCGUUUCAGCGCUCUGGCCAGGGAGGACAACAUCAGCGGCGUCCACACGGCCAGGGCCCUUCUCAGCAAAAGAUUGCCGCUCACGGUGCGGCUGGUCCACGGACAGCCGCCUAGGGGGUUGAAGUCCUCCUCACAUUUUCUCCCGGAGCUGCGAUUGCUCUCGACGUUCGAAGAGGAGCACGUCUUCGCUCUGCCGCUCCAGAGGGACGGAGCCGCGGUCGCGCUACCGCUCGCGGCACCCCUGAAACUCGUCAAGGCCAGGAACGAGGACCUCCUGCGUUCCAUGACGGAAUUCACCCGUCUGGUGGAACGCGGCUCGCGUCUCGUCGCCGAUGUGGCCGAUCGGGCCCACGUGCUCGACGGUCGUUUGGGCGAAGGAAAACCCAGACUGCCGAGGACCGGCGGAUUUCUGCGUAGAUCCGCGAGCUCCGACAGCGCCAAUCAUCAGCAGAAGCAUCACCACCACCACCACCACCAUCACCAUCAUCAUCAGACGAGCCACAGCAGUCACGGACACGGUUACCGGGACGAGAACAGGGUGCCACCUUCUUACACGGAGGACUACGACGAGAUAGACCAGAUAUACGAUUACGUUCGCGGUUUCGCUCCGCUGCCGAAAAGCGUACGUUCGCCGUACGAGAGCGCGAGUAGCAAUAGCCCGCCGUUGACUCCCGUCACCGUUAGCGUAGCGUCGAUUUUGGACGACAGACCCGAACCACCGCCGAUAGAAACGAUACCCACCAAGAAAAUACAAGCUGAAAAACGUACGAGACGCGCGGUGAAAGAAACGCCGAUGCCCAAGGUGGAGAAACCGCCCCUGGCCAAGCUUUACGUUAAAAACAGUGGUACUCAAAGAGGGCGUCCGUUGAUGCGGCAGAAGAGCGCCUCGCCACUGAAGGAAACACCGCCGGGCUACAAAGGGGGAUCUCCGCUUUUUAACAUCCGUUAUAAAAGUCUGACCAACCUUCAACAGGCCAUGGAACUCGACGGCACUUUGGACUCGAGUCAUUCCGGGGGGCGAACGUCCGGUGACUCUGGGGCCGGAGCCAAACUUCCGGAAAAAAGAUCCAGACGGCUCAGCAGACCUCGAUCCUUAACAAAUCUUGUCUGGGAAUUACGCGGAGGAAAUGGUGGAUGUUCCGGACCGGAAACGCCCCCGACGACUGCCCCAGCUUUACAACCGACGAAGUGCGGCCCCCGCUUGGCCGUAACAGUCAUGGCGCCACGACGCGUCGGUACGCUCUACCUCUAGAUCAUUCGACCGAUGAAGGACCAAUGAUGGCGCAGAGCGACCCGCGGACACGUAGAGCAGACGCAGAGUUCUCAGAUUACAAGCAAGUUCUUCGAAAAAUCAAAAUAAUUCGUAGUCUGCAGAUUCGAACUGCUCGAACUGAUGCGAUACGAAGAACGUCAUGGAGAUGGAUUAAAGCGGAAUUAGCUAGCGCUAUCUGAAAACCCGAACUUCUUUUAAUUAUAAUUACACGCAUCACGCAAGCCAUUGUGAACCUUUAGUUUAUUCUACCCUGCAGAUUUAUGUCCCUUCAACCCCCGAGACCAAUGGGCACCAAAUUUUGUGAUUUGUUUGACUGAUUAACUUAUCAAUAUUUUUCCUUGCUUUUCAAACUGUUACUCGAUCGAAAAUUGCGUGAAAGAAUCAUCCGCUGUCCCUAGUCUCGUUUUUUUUGUUUUUUUUUUUCAACAGGCAGAACAAUUUGUUGCAUACAUUAUUUGCAGUUAUAUGACAGCACGUAUAUGACAAAAGUUUUGAUUCUCCUGAAGAUUUCGUUAGUUAUUAUAUAUAUACGUGAAAGAAAAAAAAUAAAUAAAUAAUUAAUUCAUAAUUAUGAACAGACGUAUGUAUAACGUAUAGUCGUUUCGUGCACGUAAUAGAAAAUAGAAUUAAGACGCGUCGUUGAUAGCGAAAGAAAUGAUAAGAAAAUAGAAGAGAGAAUGAAAUGGAAAAAAAAGAAAAUGAAAAUGAAAAUGAAAGAGAAAAAUAUGUAUUAUUACUAACAAUAAUAUUUUAGAAAAGUGUAGGCGAGGACAUGAAUGCCAUAAUAAACAAAUGACCAAGUUUUUCUAUGGUCAUACUUAAGUCAUACUACUUUAUUCUAGCCUUUAGUGAAUACACAUCUAUUUUAUUUCACAUUCCAUUGUAUCAGAUUAUUAUAAUAUUAUUAUAACUAUAUACCUAAAGUACUAUAAUUAUAUCACCUAGUAUAACAAAUUAAUACAGAUGGCUCAUGCGACUGAUGGACUAACGAGGCAUUUUUGUUUUUUUGUGCAGGAAAAUUGUAAAUCCAUGUCACCGUACUACUUUUUACCGAACCGUCUAUCGAUAUCACUUUGAACUCACGUAGGUAUCUGUAAUGUAUUUUCUGGAAUUGUAUUUCAUUCUGCAAUCAAGCGUCGUUACAGUCUCUGCGAAUCCUUUUUUGUCAGUCUCCUGAAUUUAGCACCAGAGAGUCUGAUCAGUUCUGAUCACAAUUUAUAACGCACCUAUGAUUUAUCACUGAAAUUGCGAAAGAGCUUCUUCUUCGCUCACCGUUUCAGAUCGUGGUGUUCCCUGUCCAUAGAAAUUCGGCAUGAGCUGUCUGCGUUACUUUGCAUUAUCGUCACUGUAUCCCACUUUAUGCUAAUUCCAUAUUAUGUAAUAGAAAUACCCCUCUUUGGUCCAGGCUUAAAUUUGUGUUUGGGACCUGCGUCUGCCUUUAGCUUAAGUUUAGACUUAAGAUCGCCUUUCGACUGACGGUCCCAAUUGCUGAUUUGGUCCUUUGUCCAAUUUUCUUUGUGAUUAUUAAAAUAUCGAUACACGUUUAAUAUAUAAGUAAUACUCAAACGUAAAGAUAGAUGUACCUAUGAAUAUUAUAUUAUAUAUUAUAAAUAAUUAGUUUUUCUUGCAUCAGAAAAAAAAUUGAGAAAUUAACUCGAUAAAUCAUUUGUCAAAUUUAAAAAAUUAAUCGAUGUUGAGCUUCUAGAGAGAAAAUUUUCAUUAAGCACUGUAUCAAGAACAGAUCAACGGAAAAAGCUAUCAUCUCAGAUUGCUAUUGAGCUCUGAAUCUUACAGAAGUGAAAUAUUUGUACAUAAAAAUGGGGGAAACAAAAAAAAAAUCUUAAGAAUAUAGUCACAUUCAUGGAACUUCGGAGAGAAAAUUUUUUUAUUUGAAACGGAAAUAUAAUUAAUAUUAUAGUUAUAAUUAUAAUUAUUAUUUUUGUUUUUACUAUUAAUAACGUGAUUUAAAAGUGAGCAACAGAGUCUAUAUAUUUCGUUUCUAAAAUUCAAGUGGCCUUACCGUUAUAUUUAUAUACUCUUUAAAUAUCACGAGGCCGGACGAAUGCAUAUAUUAUACAGAACCAUUGCUGAGAAUAGAGAGCAAUUAGUUUCGCUAUGAAUUCAUAUGAAAUUGAAAGGUAAAACGUAAGUUCCAAUCUUUUAUGUAUAAUGUUGGUAGGAAUUCUCGUGUAAAAAGUGGGAAAUAAUUUUCAGUUUUAUCUUACUUUUUUUCUGCAAAUAUCUCAGCAACAAUUUUUUUCCAAAAUCGAUUAAUGUUGUACACCGUGAACUUACGAUCGUUAUGAACUCAUAAUCAGCGUUGUAGUUAAGUACCGAGGAAAAGAAAGGAAAGAAAAAAAAAAAUAAUUAGCAAUUACACGUGUAUCAUAAGUUUUUUUUAUUACGUUACUUUAAGCCAGCAUAGAUUAUUAUUAUGUAUGUUACAUGAAAUAUGUUAUUUUCAUUUAAUUUUGACAAAGGCACACAGUCCCCCUCACUAACGGAACUCUGUACAAUAUAUGAUCGGCCAAAAGCGAUGAAUAUUUCGUACGCGAUGUUCUUACUGGGCUUGAUUUUGCCACGAUGACAAUUUUGUAAGACAAUUCAUUCAUUUUAAUCCAAAGUAACCCUCCUGUGAAAUACCUUUUUUUUUUAUUAUUAUUUUUUUCACUUUCAACAAUCAUUUUAACUAUUCAUCUGUAGAUUAUAAUAUUUGUCACGUGGUCAGCAAGUCAGUUGGAAAUCUGAGCAUUUUCUUGCCAAAAAUAGGUGUAUUUGUUGACUUUGCUUACUGAUAUUAUUAUUGCAAUUACUGUUAAUAUUACUUACAUAGUUCUUAAAAGUUGAAUCAGAAAACAAAUAUGAUUCCGGCUCACGAUAAUCAUCAUACGCGUAACAAAUACGAGUAACAAAACUUUAACGAAAUUUCUUUUUCAUAUGCCUCAUGGGCGUUAAACAGAACGACUGAAUUUUCAACAUCUAAACUAUUUCACGUUGAUUUUACAAAUAAUGUUCUCGUGGUGAAAUGCUCACUUGUAAGGGUCGAGGACCGUGGUGCCUUAAAUUUCAAAAUGAUAUUCGCUUAAGUUGCAGUUUACUGACGUGAAGACGAUAAAAAAAAAAUAAAACAAAUAGAUGACGUCCGAUGUUCAUAUUUUGUGAUUCCCUAAGCAGUUGGUAACUUUUUUUUUUAUAUAUACUUAAGUGUGUAUUGCUUACCUAGGCUAGCUUAUGUAUCUUACGAUUAAAGAGUGUUUCAAUAAAUGAUGAUGAUAUUAUA